AUGGCGUCGUCGUCGGGCAGUGGGUUGACGUUUAAGCUUCAUCCGCUGGUGAUCGUGAACAUAUCAGACCAUUACACGAGGAUCAAGUCCCAAGCCCAGCACCAGCAGGCGGCGGGCGACCAGGCCUGCUCCAACGGUGGUGAGUCUUCAUCGCUGUCUUCUUUCUCGUCGGUGCCGCCACCAAGGGUGUUCGGGUGCGUGAUCGGCGUCCAGCGGGGUCGGACGGUCGAGAUCUUCAAUAGCUUCGAGCUCGUGUACGACCCAGUCGCCCAGAGCAUCGACCGCACCUAUCUUGAGAAGAAGCAGGAACUAUGUAAGGCGUCAUCUCACUCCGUCUCUGUUUUGUGGGCCGCCGUUGUCCUUCGUCUAGGGUUUUGGUAGGCUUUUGCGAACGCAAUUCUGAUUUAAUGACAUCAACAUUGCUAGGCUUAAGCCUGUGUUUUCACGGUCCGUUCCUUGAGGUAGUUCAUAUUUGCUGCAUGUUCGGAUAUUAUGCCAUUCUUGUGUAUUCCAAGUUUCUCUGAUUCUCUCUUUUCUCACUUAAAUAUUUUUGAUCCAGAUAAGAAAGUGUUUCCUGAUUUCUACAUCUUGGGUUGGUAUUCCACUGGAAUUGAUGCCCAGGAAUCAGAUAUGCAGAUACAUAAAGCUGUAAGAAUUGAACUCCACAUUAGUUCUGUGCUGGCCUCUGAAAUUUUGGUGUCCUUCUUUCUUUUGCAAUAUUGAGCUUUGAUGUCAGUUUUUCUGCCUUUUUUUAGCUUGUAUUGGCUAGUCGAAUGAAAUAACUGAUUAAUGUGUUGGCAUUUUUUCAUUCAGUUUUUCACUGCCAUUUCCAGUCUCAGUGUCUGCGGCUCUUAUUAGUGAUGUACGAAAUAUGGAUGUGAAACCCUACAAUUAAGAGGUGGAUCCACUAGAUGGAACCAUUAUCUAAUUAAAAGCAUAUCAACUACUGUUGUUCCACGACGAUAACAGGAAAAUAUUUACAUUACAUUUUUAAAAAGAAAAAAAAUGAAGAGAAAGGGAAAGGUUAUCUGAUUUUUUUCGGUGGGUAUCACCAUUAUAUGUAAAGAAGGUUUGCACAACCACUAAUUUUAUUAAUAAUAGUUACGGCUUUGAUACUUGUUCUUAACCUGAACUUUUUUGCUGUUACAUUUUUAACCUUAGUUAUUUAAAGUGUACGAGGAUAAUUUUCUCAGUAAUCCUUUACCCAAAGGAAAAAAAAGAACGAAAAUCGAAUUUUUUUUUCAAUCCCAUUUGUUUCCAAAGAUGGAAAUUCAUUCUUUUCCUUUGUUGCAUUUUAUCCUGGAUGGAGAAAAAACUUCGUAGAAUUUCUUAUCUGCUGUCUUCUUUCUUUUAUUGCAUCUCUUAAAUAUCAUUUUAUUUUCAAAUGUAUCAACACAUUUCUUGUACGUAAUGUGCUAGAGGCAAAUGAUUUUAAUUGUCCGAUCCCUUGUAGUAGCUAGAGGGAAAUUGAUUUUCCAAUAUCUGUUCUCCGUAUCCAAUAACAACUUUUCGAUACUCCACUUUGUGCUUAAAGGCCAAGGAUUUGAUUGCAGGCGUAUCCUGAUUACAGCGAAUGUCUUCUCUUUAUCACCUUAACCAAAUGCCAACUUUCCUUUUGUCUUAUACUUAUUUCAUCUUGGUUGAAAGGGUCAUGGUAGCAACUGGUUUACACCUCAGAUAUUCCUCUUACAGAGGAUAAUUCUUCUCUUUUAAGGAGUGACAUUUAUAUUCUAUCUAUGAAUACUUCUCCUUGACCAGGGCGAUCCACAAGUUCAUGUUUUAAGAAACCUUAUUUGAUUAGGAACUAAUUCGUGAUUCCGAUGGGGAUUAACAUUGUAAUAAUCAUCAACUAGUUCAGGUUUGGCGAACUGAAUUACUUUUCUGAUUUUUGUUGUUGUUUGUCUAUGCCAAACUAUCUCAUGAGAUUAUUUUCUCUCUCACACACAACGUUUUUUGAUGUAUUUGUCCGAUUAUAUUAUGAGCAAAGUAUAAUUGGAAUUAGAGGAAUGUAUGCAUCCACUUGUAACGAUCGUAAAGGCAAUUAGAGAUUCCAUGGAAAUAUAGAGUUGCUAUAGUCCAUUAAGGAGACUAGAAUCAAAUGCUAGAUUUUUCACGGAAAAUUUUGUUUAAUGGUAUUAAGUAAGCUGAAUUCUUUUCUUGCAUUAUUCGGUAGUGUGCAGCAAUUGAGACAAUGGAUAAUGAACACAAUGUGGGCACAGUUAAACUGUGAUAGGGACGUAGCAAUUAGUGACGAAGGUGACUGAUAAUGCUGUUAGUCAGUUGUGGUGACGAAUGCUGAUAGGACAAGUUUUAGUUGCAGUGAAAGGCUGUGGUAUCAGUAUAUUUUGAUGGCACCUGGUAUUCUUUAUGGUAAUUGUCUAUUACUGAUGUUAGAUGGGAGGCAAUUCUGUUGCUGAGUAGUAGUAGUGAUGGUGGAUGAUGGUCGAUGAGAGUGGUGAUGGACAAUGGGUGCACUAGUAGAUGGUGUCAGUAAGUGACAGAAGUGGAGUGGUGAUGGUUAUAAUGUUAAGAGGAAAUAUGUGUUCGCAAGUAAUAGUAGUUGUAGUGGGAUUUUAAUAUGACAGUAUGUGGUAUAUGGUGAUGGCAAUAGAUAGGAAUUUUGAUAAAUGGCAGCAGCGGUGGUGGUGAUAUGUUGUGGUCUUGGGGUGAUAGAUGAUGGUAGUAUGGAGUUCCACAGGUGAAAAGGUUCGAAUCUUCAUAGGUGGUUGUCGGCAAUAAGAGUGGUGGCUCAUGAUCAUUGUACAAUAGUGGCAGGGUCUCUAAUGCGGAACGUGUUACUAGGAUGUAAUAAUCACAUUUACAUAGUAGUGAACGGCGCAAUAGUGGCUUUUGAGUUGCCUACGAUUCAUGUUGUGGACAGUAACGGGCAGUAGAAUGCAUUUGCAUUUAUAUAUAUUUAUUUUAAAAGAAUCUAUGGGUAUUCAUUCUCAGCAUGUAAUAAUUUUGGCAUACGUGUAUAUAUAUAUAUUUACCAUAUAAUCUUAAAAUUUCUUGUAUCCCUACCUAUCUACCGUUGUUAUUUGUUAGCUUGUGGAAGAAGCCGAUUUGCCAUAUUUUUCCUUGCAUGAACCAUUGGUGGAGUGAAGGGUUCUGCAGAUACGUUACUCAUUUGAAACAUAGUGUAUUUGAGCUUUUAAGAAUAUAUUGGACUGCAUUCAUUACUAAAGCAAAACCUUUAUCCCUGUGUUGGACUCCUGUGUUAACGGCACUUUACUCUUGUAACCUACAUGUUGCUUGGUGUGGUCGCCAUAAAUGUGAUGAAAAUCAUCAAAAGUGCUCAUGGCUUCCCUCUCUGGAGCAUUGCUUUCCUUAGGAGUAUCUUGAUUAGAAAUCAAAUGACAUAUCAGUAUAGUUGGCGUUUCCAACUUGCUUAUGGUGGAAUUAAUUUAUGGGAAAACUGCAGUUUGAUUCACAUGGCGAAGAUCUGUAAACAAUUAACGUUUAGAAAUGUCCCACGUGGAAUUUUCCAUUUAAGAGGGCUCUGUAUGCAAAUAUAAUGCGGGCUAUGCACAUGAUCGUAUAAUGUGAAGGGACCAGAGGAUGCUGGUACCAAUCCUCCCUUGAAUGUAGGAAAGGGACCGUACAGGCGUAAUGACAAUAAAUCUAUAAAACAUGUUUUUUUUUUUGGAAAAUUAUUCAUAGAAAUUUUAUUUUAACCUUCUCAUGUAAAUAUCCUGUUAUAUUCCAAAGGUGGUAUUUUUACUGACCCCCAAGGUAUUUCUUUUCCUGUAUAGUUAAUGGAUAUAAACGAAAGUCCAGUUUAUCUUCUUCUGAAUCCCGCGAUCAACCAUGCACAGAAGGAUCUUCCGAUAACAAUAUUUGAAAGUGGUAUGGUUAUGAUGUACUUUUAGCAUCGGGCGUUGAAAUCACUUUUUCAUAGUGUUUGGUAGCAAUUCUUGAUAAGUUUAUCUGACAAACGCACUGUCGAGGUUGACGUUUUUCAGUAAGAUUCUCGGAUGCGAUUAUCUCUAUUAUCUCACUCCACACUGACGAGCAUGCUCUUAUUUUGGAACCUGGGAUGUUUAUCGCUGCUGUACUAAAGAGUUGCAUGUCAUUGACGGGAUCCCACAGUUAAUUUUUGUUAGAUCAACCUACACGAUUGAGGUGUGUUCCAACAAUUUCAUAGUUAUCAUGGGGACACUCAUUGUGAUACUAGAAGCUGAUGAUGUCUUUGGGUUUUUAUUAUUGAAGACUGUAGAAGCAGAGAGAAUUUCAAUUGAUCACGUGGCCCAUCUCAAGCCAUCGGAUGGAGGAUCUGCUGCAACUCAACGUGAGAAAUAAUUUCAUACCCUCUAUUUUUUAUCGUGUUUGAUUUUUUUUUAAUUAUUCAAUUUCUCUAAAUGUUGUUUUCCUCUGGGCAGUGGCUGCUCAUCUGACGGGUAUCUACAGUGCCAUAAAAAUGCUUAAUGGCAGAAUCAAGAUAGUUCAACAGUAUCUUCUUGCGAUGCAAAGAGGUUGGUCUGCUCAACCUCUCUGGUUUACUUCACACUCUCAACGGAUCCAUCUUGCUUAGUGUGUUUUCUUUUCCUUUUUAGACUUGUGAACGGUGACCCUGCGGCUUGUUUGUUCUUCAGAAGUCAGAAAUUAGUUACUUCUUGUUUAGUUAGCUGUGAAACCGAUAUUGGAUUGUACGAAAAUGAUCAUUGAUUGCAAUUCAUCUUUAAUCAAGAAAAUGGUAAAUUUAUUUAUUCCGCGUUGCCUCGAAUGGCAGGGAUUUGCUCUCUCUCUCUCUCUCGCUCUCUCUCUCUCUCUUUCUGAUCGUUUAGUGGGAAAUUGGAUGAUGCUCACUGGACCAAUUUUCACAUACAGGUGACUUACCUCUCGACAACUCAUUGCUCAGGCAGGUGUCCAGCCUCAUGAGAAGAUUGCCAGCAAUCGAAUCAGAAAAGUUUCAGGAUGAUUUUCUCAUGGUGAGUGGUGAUCUUGGUUCUUUCUUUUCUCCCAUGUUUAAUCAGCCAUUUUCCAAUGUGAGCUGAUUAAGAUAAUCUCUCAUCCAGCAUCACUCUACUUCUUUUUUUUUUUGCAGGAGUUUAAUGAUACGCUUCUCAUCACUUACCUGGCCAUGUUCACGAACUGUUCAAGGUAUGCAACUUCCUCUCUAGCUUGUGAAUUUACCUGCAAAGUAGUGUACGGGAUGAAUAUUCAGGAAAUGAUCAAAUUGCAUCUUAAUGAUCAUUAUGAAAUGAUAAAUUAUUUUACUCAAAUAGGAAAUCGGAACAAAUAUUUGCACUUAGUUGGCAGCAGUCUUAAUCCUUUCUUUGGUGUUGCACCUCAGAGCUCCCCCCAAAAGCUGAUCCAUUGAUUAACUAGUUGACCCACUAAAUUAGAACAAGUUAUGGAUCAUUUCUUUAUCAGUUUUCUCCUAUCAGUGAAGAGACCACCUGGAACAGAGACCCGUUUCGUAUAACAUCGCCUGGCAAUGGAUGAGACUCAUCGUUGACUUAGUAAAUCUCUCGUGUAGAAUAUCGUCGUGUUUCUGAGUCAACCCAUUAUGGAGGGGGGGGGCGGGGUCUGAAUCUUUCUGAAUUUUUUCAGCACCAUGAACGAGCUGGUCGACAAGUUCAACACGACGUACGACCGGCAUACCAGGAGAGGAGGCCGGACCGCCUUCAUCUAG